AUUAAUAAAGUUCCCUCGUCUUCGGCUUCAUUCCAUUUCCAUAUAAAAAGCGACGACCUGCCAAAUUUCCUUUCGUCCCGCCUCUUCUUUCUUCUCCAUCGUUCUCCAGUUUCACCAAGCUUCCCGCCGGAUUCCCUCUACAAAAAUGGCCUCCUCGGUCCAGUCCACUCUUCCGGCCAUCAGAACCGUCACCAUAUCGUACUCAGAGCUCCAAGAUCGGAGUGUUGAUUUGUCGAUGAAGAUUGAAGAAGGAUUUGGACCUAAGGGGCUGGGAAUUCUAUCAGUUACUGAUGUCCCUGGAUUUCCUUCGUUGCGGCAGGAUCUUCUACGUCUUUCAUCGAGAUUUGGGAAGUUACCAGAAGAUGCGAAGAAGGAGCUUGAAGACCCUCACAGUAGGUAUAAUUUUGGAUGGAGUCAUGGGAAAGAGAAACUUGAAUCUGGGAAGCCUGAUCUGUUGAAGGGCUCAUUCUAUGCCAAUCCAAUAUUGGAUACCCCAACAACAGAUACAUCUUCAAUUCAAAGGUAUCCAUCGUAUUGUGGUUCAAAUAUUUGGCCUUCUAGGGAACUGCCAGAACUUGAAUUAGCCUUUAAAACUCUGGGAAAGCUGAUUCUUGAUGUUGGUUUGAUGUUGGCAUAUCAUUGCGAUCAGUAUGCUGCUAAAAUGAUGAAAGUGCAUGAGGAUGAAGCCCUUGAAAAGACACUUCUUAAUUCCCGGUGUCAUAAAGGGCGCUUGCUUUAUUAUUUUCCAGCACAGCAGAGCACUUGUUCUGAAGAUAGCGAUAAUCUAUCCUCUUGGUGUGGAUGGCAUACAGAUCAUGGUUCACUAACAGGUCUGACCUGUGCAAUGUUUACAAGAGAUGGUGUGGAGAUACCUUGCCCUGAUAAUGCUGCUGGCCUCUAUAUUAGGACAAGGGCUGAUGAAAUUGUUAAAGUGGAAUAUCGUUCUCUAUCAUUGAUGGUGUAUUAUGGAGAAAAUGAAAUAGCAUAUCAAAUUGGUGAAACUACAGAGAUUCUGUCCAGAGGUUAUCUGUGUGCAACACCACAUUGUGUUCGGGCACCUAAAGGGAAGGAAGCUUUUAACCUAGAACGCUCCACAUUUGCACUUUUCAUGCAACCUGAUUGGGAUCAGAAACUCAAUUUUCCCGAGGAGGUUCAUAUUCACCGAGAGAUAAUUCCCACAAAUUGCGCACUAACAUUCGGAGAGUACUCCGAGAAACUGCUCGACAAAUAUUACCACCUGAAAUCAUAGGGUGCUCCAGAAAUCAGAGCUUGUCUUUACUCUUUCAACAACUAUUUUGUGAAACUGAAGGCACCCCCCACAUUUAAUUCCCGUUGAAUUUUAGAACCCAUAUAUAGAAAAAGAAAAUUAUAUUACA